AUGUUUUACAAAGGCAAUCAGACCGAAGUUGAUCCACCGAUGGCGCCGGACGUGGUUGACAUCUGCAAUGGACAACUCGAGAAACUGAAGAAGUGCGAUCCGAAACCCAAAAAGAGCAUCUUGAAGGGAAGGUAGGUUAAAAAAGGUUGUUGAUUUGAGUUAACAUGGUUGGAAACUUGGUAGAUAAAUUUAAAUUUGUUUCUGUAACUUUCGAAAUAGAUUUUGGUUUAAAGACUACGAAUUCGUUUCAACUUACUUUAGUUUUGAAUUUUAGUGAGGAGCCCGGCGGUCACGUUUCGUUCGAGGAGACGGUCAGUGCCCACUCAAUCGUGUCUGAGCGGAACAUCAAGCUCAUGGUCCCAAUCCCUGCUGCCACUCCGGUCGUGAACAACUACCAAAGCUUGGCUGCCCUGGACAAGGGAAAGAACUAG